AUGACUCUCUGCCCGUGCUUUGGUUCUCAGUCCAGACCUGCACAUCCUGAGAAUGGAGGCAGGGCAAAGAAGGCUGUCCCUAAAGCCGUCACUACCUUUGUGGCUAGCGGGGCUUCUCUGCUAAAGCGGCUGCAAGACCAUGAGGGUGACCGAGUGGAGACAUACCGGGAGCUGGAGAGCUUCUUGCAAGGAGACGAUGGCAGUUUGCAGAGCGGUGUCGUGAACCGCCUGAUAGCAGAGGUGUCCAGUGACAUGCGAGCAGCCCAGGGUGUGACAGAUGAUGUGAAGAUGGCUGCUAGCGACGUCCUGGUGGCUCUGGCCCGCUCCCGCUUCCACUUUGUCAUGUCUGAGCUCCAGAGCCACCUGAAGGCCAUGGGGAAGGUCCCUGAUGAGAUCGUGCUCCUCACCUUGGGCAAAAUGGCCCGCAGCUACGCCCUGCGGUGCAUCCCCUUCGUGGGAAUGACGCUGCUUGCCCUGCGUGCCAUGCUGAGCCAGGUGGGGAGUGGCCGGAUCCUGCGGGCUGUCUGCAGCGUUCUGGAGCAAUGGUCAAAAGGGGUCAAUACAUACUUCGGCAGCCGGGAGCAAUGCCCCUUCCCUCGCAACGGGGAAGCGCAGCUCUGUGAAGACAUUUACCCAGUCUUCCGUUACGCGCUGGUAAAUUGGCUGGGCUGCGAGGAAGAAGAGGACAAGCAGGCUGUGCUCAGGGCGGUGGCUGCCAUGAUGGAGGUCCUGCUGCGUGAGGAGCAGCACCGCGAGCAUGCCUGGGAGCAGCUCCUCUGGCUGCUGCACCAAUCUGAGGAGGUCCGAGACACCUCCCGGGUCAACAAGACCUUGUUCCCACAGCUCCCUGACGUGACCAAAGAGCCUGGCCUGGCCCCUAAGGCAGAACUUCCCCGCUGCAUCGCGCUGCAGGCACGAAUAUGCCCUGAGGAGACGGGCAUGUUUCUGCACUCCCCGGAGAGCGGUGGGAGCAAGGCCGGUCGCGUGGCAGCCCUGGGCCUGCUGGGAGCGCUGGCCCACUCUGACGCACCUGCAGUGAGAGAGAAGCUGCCCCAGGUGAUGGAGGCCAUGGGGUCAGUGUGCAAUGACCCCAGUGCCCAGGUGCGGAGGGCAGUUCUGGAGUUCAUCCGGGAGCUGCUCAGCUCCGGCUCCCAGAGCUGCUGGGCAUGGGAUGUGGUGGGGCACAUCUUCAGCGAGUUCAGCCGGACCUCAGGCAGACUGGUGGCAGGAGGCCUUUUUGCCUGGGUAACACCGGAGGAAGGAGCUCUUCGAGCCCUGUGUGUGGACAUCCUGGGCUCGCUGGACGUCUCUCUGAGAGGGAUGACCAAACUCCUGUGGCCGAGGCUGCUGCAGUAUGUGGUGCCAGCGCAGUACAGCGGCAUGCUGAUCCCGCUCUCCCGCUGUCUCCGAGCCCUAGUUGAGAGACGGGAGAGUGCAGGGUGUGAAGAAGGCGAGGAGGAGCCUGACGCCGUGGACUCCCAGGAGCAAGCCCGGCUGCCGGCUCCCCAGGCCCUGCUGGCUCGACUGCUGGUGGUGGCAGCAGCUCCUCACAAGAGCGGCGAACGUGCAGUCGCUGCCUUGCAGCUGCUGCAGGCCCUGCAUGGCAGGAUACACCGAGCCUUGGGGGUGGUGUGGACUACCGAGAUCCCCCUCCUGCUGCAGUACUUGGAAGGGAAAACCAAGAGGUCCCUGGACUCUGCAGAGUGGGAGCAUCAUGUGCUCGAGUUCCUGCGAGCGUCGCUGGAGCCCAUCGAGGACAGGGCCUGGACCAUGGGCCUGAGCCAGGAGCUGAGCCAGCAGCUGGGCAGCUCUGCCCCCGGCUCCUGGGAGAAGCUUUUCCUGUACAAGGCCCUUGGAACAGUGCUGGCAGCUUGUCAGGAUCUCAGACAUGUCCAAGGGCAGGUGCUGAGGUUCCUGCAGGAGACAAGCUUUGUGCAGCUGUCUGAAGCCCAGGGAAUGAUUUCUGUUGUGUCCCACACGGCUGAGAGCCACUUCCAUCUGGUCUUGGACACGGUGACCAUGUUCUCCACCGCUUUCACCAGAGGCUGGUUUUAUCGGACUUCCAUGGGCUGGAAGGUCCAGCGGUGGCAGAAGAUGGAGAGCGCCCAGGCCAUUCGUGCUGCUCUGAUGCGCACCUACAGCGGCAUUGCGCUGCGUGCCCCCAAGGAGCAGCUGCUCACCCGCGUGGAUAAAGAAAUCGUGGGCAACAUCCUGCGGCUCUCCAGAGCUAAACAGAGGGACUUGCAGCUCAAGCUCGCCCUGGUGCAGAGCAUCACCGAGGUCAGCUGUGCCAUCCAGGCUGUGGGCGACUGCGGCAGCUUUGAGCUGUCCUUAAAGCAGGAGGCAACGUGGACCUUGCUGGACUGGAUCAAGGGGGAGCCCUGGGACUCCCUGGUGUAUGGAGUGUUCCAGGCCCUGGAGGAGUUGAGCAAGCUGAGGCCACCUCUGAGGCGGCAGGAAAAUCGCAAGCUGCUGUCAGUGUGCUGCCAGACUGUCUUGUCCUGUCCUUCCGAGGACCAGAUGAAAAAGGGCAGGAAGACAGUGAGGGCAGCUGUGAACAUGCAGAGAGGACGUCCUUGCAAGCGGUUCGGCUCCCUGGUGGGAUUGCUGGCGACUCUGACCAGCGACUGCCUGGCCACGUCCCGCCAGAGGGCAUGGGUCUGCCUUGGCUACCUUCUCCAAAUGCAAGGCAGCAGGGUCUGCCUGUGCUGA